CAAUUUUGUCACUAGAUUUUCAGGUUGGUGUGGUAAGACAGUUUCUGUUGUGUUGGGUGGUUGUUACAGCUAUUAGUCCUUGGGUUUACUGCUUCAUCUUACCGGAACUAUGGUAGAAGCCAUGGGAUUGCUUUUGAGGGUGGUGGUGUUGUCUCUCGUAGUUCUUGGUGAAAAUCAAGCAAAUGCUUACAGUACUGGAUCUAAGGCCUAUACUGAGAAGACGGGAGAUGCUCGAGACCACAUUCCUCAUUAUCAAGCUGAUCAAAGUGGUUCUCACUAUGGGUCUCAACCACAUGGUAGUGUUGGUGCAGCCUGGAGUUUCUAUAACAGUUACAGUGCAAACCAGCCUAGCAAGCAGCCUAGCAAGCAGCCCAGCUACCAGCAGCCCAGCUACCAGCAGCCCAGCUACCAGCAGCCUAGCAAGCAGCCCAGCUACCAGCCCAGCUACCAGCAGCCCAGCUACCAGCAGCCUAGCAAGCAGCCCAGCUACCAGCCCAGCUACCAACAGCCUAGCAAGCAGCCCAGCUACCAGCCCAGCUACCACCAGCCCCGUUACAGGGAGCCCCGUUACAGGGAGCCCCGUUACAGACAGCCCCGCUACAAUUAUGGUUCUCAUCCUACCUCAUCUCACAGUCAUGGGGCUGUCAGCCAUAUGUACUCACAUGGGCUUGGCAUGGAUAAUGAAGCAGCCCAUGGUCACGACAGGGGAUGGGGUGGUCACGGCCAUCACUGAACUGACUGCAGUGCCAGAAGAAUGUAGAACUGACUGUGCGGUGUUGCCUUACAGACUCCAUGGAACUGAUCUCCUGACCUGUGCAUUAAAUAAGUCUUCUUACACUUGGUGAUACUGUCAUUUUUUCUGAAUUGUGGGCUAAAACUAUGCUUGGCCUGAGUAAAGUGACAAAAUGAAGGGUGU